GUGGUUCUGGGAUGUGGAACAUAAGAACUCUCUCUGUGAGAAGCAAACAAACACACGGAUCUACUGAGAGAAAACUCUGAAUCAGAGGAUUUAUUAAAGAGACAAGAGACACCGCCUCAACUGAUCUUCUGCUGGACAAUAGAGAAGGAGAGAUGGAAGGAGGAGGAGGAGGAGGAGGAGAGUGAAAGCACAGUGCUGAAUGGGGGGGGGGGGUCCAAGCUGAGUCUCUACUGGAUAUGGAGGAUUCUGGUUUCUAAGGAAACCACAGCGCAGCGCCACAAAGUUCACAGAGCUGACGCUGUGCUUACUGGAAGCUACUCGCUGCAUUGGGAGGAUGUAACUGCCAUCAGAGGAGCGCAAAGAACAGGCCUACCGACGGAGGAUCAGAUGACCUCAUCGGACACGGCGUGCAGCUCUGUUACCACGGCAACGGGCUCAAUGGGAAGUGACCUGGAGCGGAGCGCAGGUUCGAGCCGACAGUUUUGAUGCGACCCGAUGAACAGAGGAGAUUUUAGAUUCUCUGUCUUGUGUGGUCGGAUCAGAGUUAUUGAGGUCAAAGGGGAGCCUGCUGCUAGAGCUCCGUCGGCUGGACCUCUGCCUCUCACCUCCCCGUCAUGCAGCACUCCCAGAGACUGGACCAAAGACUACACACGCUCAGGGAGGAGGUCCGGACCAUGACCCACGACAAGGAGCGGGGGGAGCAGGUUUGGAGGGACCGACUGCAGCGCUGUCAGAGGCAGCUGAAGGCCAAAGAGGAGGAGAUGAGUCGCCAAUCGCUGUACUUUGAGAACUUCAAAACCCAACUCCAGCACAAGCUGAGCCUGGCCCGGGACCGAGAGCAGAGCCUGCAGAACCGGAUCUACACUCUAGAAAAGCAGCUGCUGGACGUGACUGUGAGAGCCGCCACCGACACCGCAUCGAUCGGGGCAGUCAGAAUUACUGCCGAGACUGUAACACGCUGGGAAGAACCAGAGCGGCUGCCUCCCACGAGAGGACAGGGGGAAGGGGAGGAGGAGAGGAAGGAGGAGAGGAAGAGGCAAUGGCAGCCAAGUGUGGGAUAUAAGAGGGGCGGAGGGCUAGGAGGUGACCAAGAGACACAAGGAGAACGGGUCAAAGAAGCACAGUCAAACGAAGCCAGGCUGCAAGGCUUCAUCCUGAGCCUGCAGCAGGAUCUCAAGGUGCUGCUGGAGAGAGAGGAAGGUGGGAUGACGGAGCGAAGGGGGCUGAUGGAGCAGCUCCAAGAGGUCCAGGAGAACAGCCACUUCCUGGACUGCAAGGUGGAGGACAUGAGAGCAGAGGUGCAGCGGCUGAAGCUGUCCGAGCAGUCCUUGAUGGGGGAGGUUGAAGAGCUGAAAGAGGAGAACCACAGACUCCAUCCAGAGUCGACGUGGUUGAGUCCUGGGUCAAACACUGUCUCUUAUGCCACCGCCACGGGACACUCCUCGGUCGGGAGCUUUGGAGAGGCACAUCUACCGCUGGAUGAGGGAGCAGGCCGGCCGCAUUCAUCCGCAGUUUCACCACUUCACCACCAGGAGGAAGCAGAGAGUCUACAGAACAACGCAGAGGAUCGUUCCCCAUCUGCCCCAUCAGAAUCUACUCCCCCUAAAGUCUUUUGCCCCCGUGUCCGGUCACUCUCUUUGACUACAGAGACACUAGAGGAGUUCAGAAUGGGGACAUGGUGCUGUAAAGGGGUUCUGAACCUGGAGAAAAGCCCCAGUGAGGAAUCGGAUGCCCUGAGGGAAGCCUACAGGAGCUUGGGGCUGGAGAAGGAGCUUGAAGCGCAUCAAGAACAACGUGUCAGCUUUGAGGUCGACAGGUUACAAGUCAGCAAAGAGGUACGAGAGUCAGAGAUGCAGCAGAGGUCUUCAAGAGAAAAGAUCUGCGCACCGUCCGCCGGUAAUGGAGCUGAAGAUGCCGCUGAUCUCCCCCUCGCCCAGGGGGAUCUGGUCUGGGCCCUGAAUCAGGAGAACCGGCUCUUGGCGGAGCGGAUUCAGGAGCUGGUCGCUCACAUUGAGCUCAGAGAAGAGGAGGUCAAGAGGGCGCAAACGCAGCUGAUGGAGCGCAUCUUCAAACUCGAGGGAAACCGAGUUAGGCUGGAGCGGGAGAGCCAGGAACAAGAGUGUCUGAUUACAGAACUCACCAAGAAAACCGAGGAUGAUCUCAACGCCAUCAUGGAGCUGCAGCAAAGGUUAGAGGAGAGUGAACAGCGUCCGGAGGAAUCACAGGUUGCCAACACUCCGCGUGGAUCUCAACUACAAAGUGAGCCGACGGCUGCACUGUCGGGAAGUUUUCAAGAGCAGAACCUGGAAGAUUGUGUGGACAGUUUGGUGGAAUGUGUGCUUAAUGGGGAAGAGCCACAGGGGACGUCAGCUCAACAACUAUAUGACUCGACCGCUGCUUCAGCACCCAGUUCUCCACGAGAUAAUCACUACGGUCCUCUGCAGAACAGCCUGCUAAUCAGUUUACGCGUUAGUUCGUUGACUGAUCAAGAAAAGCAGCUCACCAGGUCGGUCCAGAGACUCAAAGCGGACGAAGAGGAACUGUCAGGUUGCAUAAAUGCUCUCAGAGAGCAGCAGAGAGAAGUAGCUCUGGCCGUCCAAACACAAACGGAAGACAAACAGCAGCUAACACGCACAGUUUGGGGACUGAAGGAGGAGAAAGACAGCGUCUCUCAAUCUCUGGCUGGUGUCAAACAAGAGAGAGAGCAGCUCACCAGGACCGUCUGUGGCCUGAGGGACGAGAGAGACCAGUUAAUAAGGUUUAUGAGGGGCCUGAAAGAGGAGAAAGAGUCUUUAUCGGGUCUCGAGAGAGAAAAAGAGAAACUGUUAGAAUCUCUUUCUAGUGGCAAAGAAGAGAGAGAUCAAAUCAUGCAGUCGCUACGCAGUUUACACACAGAGAGCGACCAGCUAAGCCAGUCGGUGCUGCAUCUGAGAGGCGAAAGAGAUGAGCUCACCAAUUCCCUCAAGUGUCUGAAGGAGCGGAGAGAAGAAAAAGAAAGUGUUGAACAUUCAAUCAGCUGUUUGAAACAGGAAGAAAAACAGAUAGAGCUUUUACUUCAGGGCCUUAGAGAGGAGAGAAACGUCCUCUCGCCGGCUCCGCCCGGCCGAACGCAGACGGAGGGGAUCGAUCGCAGGCCACUGAAUCCAAACUGUGCCGUGGCCGCGGAGAAGUGCGCGAGUGUUGUUGGAACAGGAGCCACACGGAGACGUCCGGCUCACGGGCAAAGUUCUGCACAGCGUGUUUUUAAUGGAAAGGAGGAGCAAAGCGAUCUGAGGAGGGAGAUUGAAGCUUUGGGAGAAAAACUAAAGAGGUCACGGGACGAUCUGGACAAGAGCCGUGUAGAUACCGAGUUUCUUGGCUGUGAGUUGCGUCGCUCAGAAGCAGCGAGGGAGGAGGUGGAGAGAAAGGCCGCCGCGGCAAAGGAGGAGCUGGUGAGGUGGAAGGACAAAGCUCAUCAAAUGGAAGAAACCAGAGAGGAAAAUGACAGCCUCACCACCCAGGUGGAGGAGCUGCAGAGGAAGGUGGGCGGCCUGAUCACUGAGAAGACUGCUGCUCUGGCUCUAAAGGCCCAAGAAAAGGAGCAAUACAACGUCCUCACAGCGGAGCUCAAAGCCAAGACGGUGGCCCUAGAGGAGCUGAACUCUGAGUACAUUGCCCUAAAAAGAAGCCAUGACAGUAAGGAUGAUGCGAGCGAUGUUCUCGUCUCACUCAGGACCCGUUAUAAGGACAUCAGGGCCAAGUAUGACGCACUGAAGAAGAAGAGCCAGAGUGAUGUGGAAGUAGCUCCGUUAAAGGCCAAGCUGUCUUGCCUGGUGGAGAAGUGUCAGGAGAGGAACAGCUUGCUGGUUCAGAUGAUGAGGGCAAUGCGCAGACACGACUGCGUGGACUCCGCGCUCGCCCAUCAGGUCGAGCGGCUGCUCAGAGACGCCGCUCUGCAAAACUACACCGCGGCGUUCACGCCAAGCAGCCGCCUGAAAACCCAGGAUUACGCCGGUGGGUUGACGUCGGGAUUUGUUUCCAAAUUCGAAGACUACGCCGGUGGAUCGACGACUGAUCAGACGUGCUCUACUGCAUCCGCACAUGUGCAGCAGCAACGCAAAAACGGAUUCAAAGCUGAAUCCGGAGCCCGAAGUGAAAAACCCAGAUCUUUAGUCUCCACUGAAGCAGAUGGGGGAGACCGGCAACCAGAGAAAUCUGGACCGCAUCACUCGGAUACAGAAGAGACGUCCUCCCUGGACCCGAGCGGUUCCACUGGAUCCCCAGUGAGUCCGACUCCUCCCUCCUCCGGCGCACGCUACAGUCCCAGCAGGAGGCUGAGUAGUCCCGAGAAGAUCAUGAACAUGUAUGAGCAACUGCAGCAGACUCUGAUGAGCAGCUAUCAGUCUCCAGAGAGCAGAGGAAGGGAACGGCAGCCCGGGAAAAGUCUCUCGUUUCCAUCUUCAGCAGACCUUCACUCUGCCUCUGAGACCACGAAGCAUAGCUUCUGUUCCAACGUGCCACCUCCCGACUCCCUCCCGCUCAGCGCUGCUCUGAGCCCAGCUAAGCACACAAAUAGGUCAACGACGCUCUUUGACGCAGUCGCCUCCCGAUCCGCCAACAUUACAUCAAGUCCCAACAUGUUUGCCUGCUGUCCCUUUAAAACCACAUCGUCUGCUGUAUCUGGCUCCUCUGACCUUCCUUUUUCCACGAAAGACAAGUCCAUCCCGAGCCGUGGCACGGAUAUAAAAUCACCAGAACCGGCAAAGAAAACGCCUGCUAUCCCCGCUGAAUCCGACCCGAGACGCAUGUGUUCUACUCCUUUAACUCCGAGGACCGCCACCGUUGACUCCGAUGUCUUGACGUGUCCGAAAACCACAGCCUCAGACACAACUGCCCCGAGCUCGCCGACUGCCCCUCAGGCGAAUCCUUUCCUCACGCCUUCUAUAACGGAUGGUGCUACGUCCGCCCGCCAUGGACUCGUAUUGGCUGCAUCCUGCGCUCGCCCUGCUCGUUGCUCUCCCGAGAGGUCCAGCAAGCCUGGCAGAAAAUCCACUGCUGCUCUGGGAAGACCCACACCAGAAGCUCCAGCUGAGGUUCAAUCUGUUGAGGUUAUCAAAACAGUGGGCCAGGGCAGCCUGAUGAUCGGUUGGGAAAGGCCGCCUCUCGACGAGCUGGGCUGCAGUAACGGCACGUUUGUGUACGGAUAUCGGGUGUUUGUGGAUGGAGACUUCCACAAAUCUGUCAUGAGCUCAGCGUGCACCAAGUGUGUUCUGGAGAACGUCAACCUGCGCGGCCCGGUUCACGUCAGCGUCCAGACGCUGGGAUCCAACGGACUUAGCUCGGACUUUGUCCACACCACGCACGUGACUUCGGUCAAGAACAGUCUGAGUCUCUGCGUCUGACUGACUGCAGCGAGCGCAACUGGAUGGCUGCAGCCGCUCAGUGGAAACCUUCGAGUUUGAAAGCCAUCUAUAGCCUGCAGCUCUCUGAGGGGCCGUCCUGACCUCCACCUCAGCCGGCAGCGAGGGAGACACCGUCACGCUGCUCGGAUACCCGCGGGGCUCAGGUCAAACAAUCAGAAAAGUCUCGCGUCGUCUCACUUUUCCAGCCUACGAGUACCUUUAUUGAACUGUGGCCGACCUCAAAACCACAGCAACUCACUGAAGAUGUCAUACUCAUGUCAGACUGUUGCCUCGGCCCUCAGGGUCAACCUGCGCGUGAAGGCAGCUGAUUGACUGUCGAACUUCCUGUCUCUCAGUUCUCUUGAAUGGCCGGUUCGUCACUAGUGCCGAGUGAGAAAGAUCAAAUCAAACAAAUCCAAACUGAGAAAAUGUUUACAUUUUUUUUGCCGUCUUUCCACCAAGACAGAGCGCGCUGGAGGGACGUCUGCUGCGCAUUUGAACACUGUGUGAAACACGGAGGGACCAGGUGUCGUAUCGCUCCGUGGGAGAUCGAUGCUGCUGCCUCUCUUGACUCUAUGACGUGAACAGCUGGCUAAAGGGACACGUACUGUAUCAAAAGCCUUUGUUCUUUUCUUUUUUCUUUAUUUUAUGUGCAGUAACGACCCCGAUCUUACUUGAUUUUACACAUGAAGCCAAAUAUGAGAAGAGAAAGAGAUUCACUCCAAAGACUUGUGUGUGUCAGCGUCUCCUCACACGUUUACGGGAUCACUCCAAACAAAGAAGUUAUUUACGUUCUGAAUUUUGCACACAGUCGUUGUUGUAUCUGAUUACAGCUGAUAGCAGGAGAUGAAAUCAAGAAAAGAAAUUAACCCUGAUAUUUUUUGUAGAGAAUAUUAUAUAAAUAUGCCACAAACGAAACGUCUUUUUGUAUGAGUGACACUUUGAUUUUCACACCUAGUAGGUGUUAUGUUUGCACGUUUGUAUUGUUUUACACAAUGCUCACAAUAUACACACGAUGUUCUUUUGCUACUUACUUUAUGUACGGGUGUGCAGUGAUCAAAGUGCAGCAAAGGUAUUUUUCUAUCAGUAGUAGAAGUAUUGAUUCCUUUGCGACUGUACAGAGAAUAAAUGUUUAUACGACACUGACCGUCAUUCCAGCGUCUCAACAGUCUGGGUUUACAAAUGCUCGUUAAAAUCAAUUCAGAGUUGAGAUUUUAUAUUAUGGAAAAUACAUCGCUGUCCAAAACACACAUCUGGAAGAUUCCGAAUGUUAUAAAGAGAAAAUAUUUAUUAAACCAUUUGGUUUUGUGAGAAAGCUCCGUCACAAAGCUGGAAAUACUUUCCUAUGACGGUGACAAUAAAUGUGUCUGAUUAAA